AUGAGCCGCUCGAGUGCGACCAAGGCAGAGACGCUGGCGACGCUCUCACCGCCAGAGUCGUUCGGGAUCGUCGAGCAAGGCGUUUACCGCGCGAACUUGCCACAUCCUCUCAGUUUCCCUUUUCUAAAACAUCUAAACCUGAAGACUGUGCUGAUGCUUUCUCAAGAGUCGCCGACGCGCGUUGUCACCCAGUUUUUCGAGGAUAACCAGGUGGAGCUCGUGCAGCUCGGCAUGCGGGUCUUCAAGCCGACUGAGGCUUCCUGGAAACCCUGUUCUGAGGAGCUCGUGAAAGAGGCUCUCGAAACUGUACUCUGUCGUGCAGCGCACCCGUUGUUGAUCUGCGGUGCAAGCGGCGUGCACGCCGUAGGCGUCGUUGUUGGAUGUCUGCGGAAACUACAGGGCUGGAGUCUGAGCUCGAUCGUCAAUGAGUACCGCAGCUACGCCGGCACCAAAACCCGUUACGUCGACGAGCAGUUUAUCGAGCUCUUCGAUAUUGAUCUGGUUCAGGUGCCGGCUGACCCCGAGCGGGUGUACCUACCGUCCUGGUACCACGUAUACCAGCAGUUUGCUGAGGAGGAUCGACAGCGCUUUCGCAGCGCUAGUGCGCGGGGCGAGAUCACCAGAGAUGGCAUUUUGAGUCACGCCACGUUGAGUUAUUGGAAAUAUUACUUUGCCACGUGUACGGCUCCAUUGUGCUCGAGUGAACUUGCAUGCGACCGCUCAGAUAGCGCUUAG